UACAAAAACGAUUUUAUACACCACAGAAUCGCCAUGUCUUGUUAGUUCACACAAGGAUCAUUCUCUGGACAUUGACUCUUGAAACAUUUGUCGUUCGCAUCACUCCACUGGAGACAGUGCCAUUAUAACAUAUCAAGGAUCCAUUUUUGAAGCACAUAACCAGACAGUAGUGAUGCUCACAAGACUUAGUCAGGAACUCGGCGCCCGCCUACGGCCGAAUUGUUGCACGGGCCUCGUCAUAGUUGUUUUGAUGGCAGUGACAUCAGCACAGACCUCAUUGGCCAGUACACAGGACUUACACGAACUCGACAAUGAUAUCUUUCGUAAUUUGUGGGAUGCAUAUAUCUUGCCUAAACUUGAAAUGGACAUAAAUAAAAAGACUGAUAGUGGGCAUUAUUCUGAUAGUGACAUGUUACAAUCGAAUGGUUAUUUAACAGAUCAUCCAAUUGACCAGAAGGACGCCAAUCGACAAAAAAGAAAAAGCUUUAUGGGAAUGGACAACAUGGACAGAAUGUUUGCCUCUCUCAACUCUAAACCCCGUUUUAUGUCCAUGGAUAGCAGUUUCGGCAGUCUCCAGAACCUUUUACGAAACGCUGGUCGAAAACGACGCUAAAUGCUAACAUUAACAUCAACACUAUCAAUACCUAUUCAGAUGUGGCAACAUUUAACUUUCCGUAGCGAUUUCAUUCACUGUUUGUACAAACGUUAUCGACAGUAGUUCAAGGACUUAGCGCAAGACGGUCGUGACUCCAAAAUAGUGGAAGGAAUUACGUCAAUCGUGCGUUUAGUUUGAUGUAACAAUUCAUUAGAUUGCUUAAACUUUAAUAAAAAAUAAAAACAAAAUGAACAUUUCGGACGAAUCAACAAUACUGCUGACAAUAAUGCUUGUACGUGUUUGUUCUACCAAGACAUUCGUAAACUGUCUGAAUAUUAUUCAUUGGAAUAAUUCAUUUUAAAAGGAAAACAAAUAUAUUCGUAUUUAACAAAUCGAUCCCAGCAACGAAAUGAAAUAACAGCCGAUCGCAGAUUGUCUAGAAAUGUUAAACAAAGAACACAUAAAAAAGAACAAGAGAAGUGUACAAAUAUUAUGUAUUGAAAUCAGAUCUCACGUUCAAAAGUCAAUUAUAAAUGUUUGGAGCUACAAUAUCUCAACGUGUAAGUAAAUGUU